AGGUUGGACGGUAGCUGAUAAUAUUAUUGAUGCAUCACACAUACAACAUGCUACAGACGCGUGAACAUGACGCUCUUACCUCCUACGUCACAGCUCGCAGACCAGUGGCGAAUGGCCGGUUUAUUAGAAACUGGAUAAUGUGAAUAAAGCGUGCAAUGUUAUCGUUUCUUAUUGCUUAUUAUAAGGAGUAAACUUAAAGUAAACACUAGGUACUUAGCGUGUAUAAGUAACUUUCAUAUUUUAAUCAUUAAGUAAUUUAUUAUAUCAACGACCCGGGUGGAGUUUGGUUGCAAGAUGUCAGAGGAAAAGUUAGAAAUACGUGUGGCCACUUAUAUGUGCCCCACACAUCCAGUGGAACUGUACGAGCUGAUUCUGGAGCUAUUAGAGGACGCUAUAGACUGCCAUGCAGUCUUACAAUACGAGAGCCGAAGUCCCGGGCCAAUACCCGGACGUCCAGACCCGUUCACCAAUAACAAGAUUGAUCUGGCGUUCACGACCGCGGCUGCGUACAUGAAGUUGCGCGGCAAGAAAAAUGAAUUUGUUGAGUUGUUACCGGUCACUCCGGUUUUUGCCCAUCAGAUGAAUGUGGAGAAUAAGCCGGGCUACUUCUCGGACAUUAUCAUACACUGCGAUAAAAAAGCACACAAUGUUAACACCUUACUGGACCUUAGAGGAUGCAAUUUUGCAUACAGUGAUGAGGAAUCACUGAGUGGCAGCAAAAUCGUGUUAAAAACGUUAAAAGAAAAGGGAGAGAACGCUUCUUUCUUUGGAUCUCUUCUAAAAUCUGGAUCACAUUUGGCGUCGGCGCAAAUGGUGUUGUCCAAACAGGCCGAUUGGGCAGCAGUAGAUUCAACAACUCUACUCUACUCGAAAAAGUUUAUGCAGGACGGAGGCAAAGAGAUCAUAACUCUUGAGACACUAGGACGUUUACCGCCUUACCCUAUUGUGGUGAAUUCCAGACUGCCAGAGAGUGUAAAAAAUUCGAUAAGCAAAGUGCUACUCACUUUACCACAAUCAACAGAGUGGAAGAGACAGUUUGGAAAAUUCGGGAUCAUAAAAUUCGACACCAACACUGAUGGUGCUUAUGAUGGGCCGGCUGCACAUAUGUGGUCCAUCCAGAACGAAAAGCUCAAUGUUAGAUAUUAUUAGAUUGUUUCUAGUCAUAAGUUUAGCCUACAUUUUAUACAUUCUCUAUGUUGAUUAUACGCCAAAAAACUAAUUAAGCUUAUGUGUAAUAUUUGAAUUUAUGUGAGAAAAAAUUAAAUUAAGCAAGUAAUUUAAGAAGAAAUUAUAAUUCCAAAUGAUGUCAAUAAAUUUUUUUUUACAUA